AUGCCAUCUUCCCCGCAGAGUCCAGAUCCAACCCCAGCUAGGACGUCCAAAAGACCCGCCCCCAGAGGCACUGCCGCGUAUCCUCGGAAGCGCGCCGUCACAGCCUGUCAAGUCUGCCGUGCUCGACGCACCAAAUGUGACAACCUCAAGCCAUCCUGUUCAUUCUGCCUAAAGGUCGGGGCGAAAUGCAUCCAAUCGCCCGUGGAUCUUUCCAGCUAUGACCCGGCAAGUCUCAGGAUUCUCGAGCGGUUGGAUGAGAUCGAACAGCACAUCCUGCGCUCCCAGCACGAUGUUACUGAUUUCCCUCCGAAAUCGCCACAGAACGUGCGGCUCACCUCGACGGUAACAUCGAAAGUCGAGCCGGUAGACCCGGCGCGGGUGCUUGUUCAACCGCUGGAGAACGUCCUUCAGUGGCAAUGUCUCGGGCUCGAUCCUACCACCCCCGGAACGCAGGAGCAGCUAUCGCAGGCAUGGUCCGACACCACCAAUCUCCCGGCGGUUGAUCUCAAUGCGCAAUUUACCGGAUCAGCCGUGGACCGAUUCUUCACGCAUGUCCACGUCAAGAACCCGAUCCUCAACGAACGCGAGACCCGCCGUCUCAUUACCCGCAUCUCCAUGCACGGGAUCGACUGGUCGCCCGACUCGUGCCUGGCCUUGCUAGUCUGCGCAUUAGGGACACUAGCCACUCCAUUCGGCGAGGACCAGUGCCAGACUCACCCGGGUACCGAGGUCUACCAGACCGCACAAUCGCUGUACGCGGCCGCCCGGAAACGCAUCGGCAGCAUCCUCUGCUCCGGAGGCUUGAGGGAGGCUCAAUGUCUGUUUUUAUCCGGGGUCUACAUGAUGAGUAUGUUCCAGCGGGAGCAUGCGUGGAGAUACUUCCUACAGGCGCUGGCGUGCUGUCAACAGUUUUCUUUUCUUCGCCCGAGUAAACGAUCCGGCCUGCCACAGCAGAGCGACCGCAUUGCCGAGCAAGCCAUCUACUGGUCUGCCUGGAAAUCUGAACGAGAGAUUCGCCUUGAUCUGCAAGCGCCAGACUUUUCUCUCUCGCAGGCAGAACUGGCGAUUUACCCGUCGUUCUUCCCUACCCCGCCGGAAUCGCACGAGGUGAUUCCUGCUUCUGAUCCUACCGCGACGGCCAUCGAUGAGAUUGCACAGCGCGAGCGUCUUGCCUGGUACUUCUACUUGUCCGAGAUCUCGCUUCGGCGAUUGCACUUCCGCGUCGCCAGUUCCAUGCUCCACAUGCCAGUUCCACCGGAAUCUGAUAUACUGGAGGAAUUGGCGAAGGCGACGGAGGAGCACGAGAAACAGGCUCAGGAAUGGGUUACUGCCUUGCCGGCUAUCCUCUCACUCCAGGCUCCUCCUGAAGACGACGAUAUCUGCCGAUUCAUCCUGAGGGGACACCUCCUCAACCUCUACGAGACGAUGUACUGGCCUUUCGUAGACGCUGCGAUCAAUCGGACAGACUAUCAGCAUACCCCUGAAUGGAGUCCCUUAGUGCGCAGCCUCCUCCAGAAAGGACUCCACCGCCAUGCGGAGAGAAUGUAUGUAAAUCAGCCGGGGUUCUACCAUCGGCACCAUGGCACAGUGUGUCUGAUUCGGUCCUGUAAUCGGAGCGCCACGAUCCUGCUAGCUGCAGCUUCAGUGGUACAGUGUUCUUUGGAACAGGGAGUGCCAUCGCCUUUGACACUGCCUGAGAACUGGAAACAUGCGGUUGCGCUGGCGAUCGAUCUGAACCGGUUUUGGGAGGGAGAGUCCGCGGACUGCAGGGCUAUGCGGCCGAUAUUGGAGUUACUGUGGGCGCGAGUACAGUUUUUGGACGAUUUAUAA